GGUGAGGAAAGGAGUAACCCAAAAGACUGGCGGGAUAGACUCACGUUUUUUCGUUAUUAUAAUUUCAUUGUUUCUGUGAUAGGAUAUAUGUUACAUAGAGAUAUAGCUUUAGAAAAUCGUACUGAACACGUGCCCUGAUGAAUAACGCAAUAAUUUGAAAGACUUGGACCAACAGUAAACAAAAAUUUACAGAAAAUGUGUUGAGUUGUAAUCCGUGGCGAGAAAAACUGCAUUUAAUUUUUUUUUGACGGAUCGAUUGGGUAUAUAAAAGAACGAUCGGCGAAACACACUACGCGAAGCAGAAUUAAAGUUAGAGAUACAAGACACAGUUUAUUUUACUUCACUGAGAAAUCCUACACAUGCAUCCCAGAUAUGGCGCCCAUCUGGUGUAGCCCAGGACUUACCAUCCUGCUAGGACUUCUCUUCCUAAUGCUGAAGGGACCCUCCUCCUUCGCCCGGGUCAGUCAUGAGGACCGGAUCCUGGUGUGGGAGGAUCUGCGGGAGGAAGUGGGACAGAUGAUCAAGUACAAGAUUUGCUCGCCGAAUGAGUUCCUGUGCUGGCACGACCGGGAUGAUGAGACAUUUAGUCAAAAUACGCAGGAGCUAUGUUAUUGUGACAACGAUUGCAUUCGUUAUGGCGACUGUUGCCUGGACAAAGCUGAAGCAGACUGGGGAGACGGCAGAGAGGAAGGGAGUGGGCGGUUCAGCUGCAGGAAGAUACACUCAAUGGAUGCACAAAUGGAACUUGGAAUCCUCAUGAUAGACAGCUGCUUACCAGCCUACCACGGACUCCCUGUGGAGAGGAUGUGCCUGCAGAACGUGACGAGAGAGGCUUUCACGUUUAUUCUGGAUGUAGCUGUCACCUCUAAGACUACCAACAUCACCUACGUAAACUACUACUGCGCCUUUUGCAACAAUGACGCCUCAGACUUGCAUAACUGGACUAUCAAUAUCAUCUGCAACACGCAGGAGAUCCUGAAGGAAUUCACGAUGGUCGAGUUCAUGAGCAAGGCGACCUACUACCCGGGACGCCGUGAGUGGAGGCGCUUUACGUACAGGACGAAGGAGGAGGAGGCGAGGAAUAUCUACCAAGAGAUUCACACCUGCUAUUCCCAGAUUGACGAAUUUAACAGCGUAGAAGGGUUCGCCAGUCAAUUCGGUGGCCGACCGUGCAUCUACCCGAAGAAUGGAGCUACUGACGACGAUCCCUAUUCAAAGUCGUUCGGGGGACAAGUACGCCGUUGUCAUCCUGACUGGACCAAUCCCAUAGACUUCGAGAAAUGUCAGAGCUACUCCCUGAUGAUGACCUACAGAAACACAAAAAACAUAGUGGUGUAUAAAAACCCUCACUGCGCCAGUUGUAACUUCGCCAACGUCUCUCAAGGCAACCUUCAGUGCCUCCUCCCUCAUCAAAGGAGUUUAGCCUUCGAAAUGGCUACUAACCCCAUCCCACCCUGCUUCAGUGUCCUCAUUGACUUCCGAGGUGGCCGCUGCGAUGAGGCCACGGAGCUGUGGGAUCCGUUCCUCGAGAUCUGCCACAAGAUCCACUGCGGCCAUCUGUUCAGGCUGGUGGCCGGACGGUGCGAGAGAGACAUCAAGGUCUACGAGCCGCUCUCGAACUCGACCCUCCUGAACAGUUCGUGCCUCAAGAGGCUCCUCAACCUGACGGAGUAUGUGCCCCGAGGCGACGGCUCCAUCUUCGUCAAUACCUCCAAGAAGGUCUACGCCAAGGGGGAGUUCGAGGUCACGAAUGACACGCAGGUCUUCAUCUGCCACGACGAGAGCCACUAUGUCGACGCCUUCAGCGCCGUCCACCAGUACUUGACGCUGGUCGUGCUGAGCGUCUCCCUCGUGGCUCUGGCGCUGCACAUGGCCAUCUACAUGCUCGUCCCGCGACACAGGAACCUGCCGGGGAAGAACCUGUUCUCCCUCUCGUGCUGCCUCUUCGUCGCCCACGUCCUGUUCCUGACGGGGACGAGAGAGACGGACGUGUACGGCCUGUGCGUGUUCCUGUCGUGCAGCCUCCACUACUUCUGGCUCGCCUCCUUCUGCUGGAUGAACGUGAUGAGCGUGGACGUGUGUCGCACCUUCAGUAGCCAGCUGUACCGCGGCGACUCCGACGGCGGCAGGACCUAUCUUCUCUAUUCGCUUUACGCCUGGACGGUCCCCGCGCUCGUGGUGUCGCUGGCGCUCCUGCUGGACUGGGUCGACCUCCUGCCGGACUACCGACCGGAGUACGCGACGCGGCUCUGCUGGAUCAACAACCGCCACGGCCUGGCGCUCUUCUUCCUCCUGCCGGUGGGCGCCAUCGUCCAGGAGAACCUCGUGCUUUUCCUCAUCUCGGCUUAUGGCAUCUACAAGCAGAUGAAGGCAGCGCGUUACGCCAACGUGAAGUCACAGAGCACAAAAGAAGGAACCCAAAGGAAAAUGGAAGUCGGCUUUUCGAGCCAGGUGGCACAGACUCGCCACGCCAAGAAGGAACGAGUGAGACUUAUGCUCUAUGUGAAGCUUGGUGUCAUCCAGGGCCUCACGUGGCUCACCGGAUUCAUAGCAGCGUUCGCGGAUAUCCCCGCGUGCUGGUAUCCCUUCACGGUUCUCAACGGACUGCAGGGAGCCUUCAUCUUCAUCUUUUUCGACAUGAAGCGAAAGGUGGCGGAGUCGGUGUGGGAGGCGGUGACGGGGCGCCCAUGGACCAGGGAGACUUCAUCCGCAGUCACAGGCACGACUCCCGUAGGAAGUGCUGGGCGCGCUGACAACAGCCGUAACAAGUCGUCUGCGCCAGACAGUUCGGCAGCACCGACGAUGGCGAGUCCACUUCCAGAGUCAGCCCUCGUCAUCGCCUCUCCGCAUAGAAGUCAAGGGUCAGGGCGCAAGGCGAAGGCGGGGCACGGCGGCGCAGAAGGGGUCAGGAACGGCGACCUGCGCGGCGGAGUCGUGCGAGGCAAGUUCGACGACGAAGUUCCAGAUCCACAGGUCGCCAGGCGGCGUCCGAAGGCCGGCAUGGAGCCAGCGGUCGAGGCUUCGAGUACGCUUCCGCCGCUCUCCGGCGUCGCCCCAGACGAACUCUUCCAGACGCCGCAGGAAAAACGGAAGGCAGAGCUGCAGCGCGUUGUGGACCUUCUGCAGCAGAUGAAGGAGACGCAGAGGAACUCGAUGGAGCUGCCAGAUCUGGUGCAACAGCUACUCCUCCGAAGCGGUGCGUUGGGCAGCCCGACGGGAACGCGCGGAACGGCCAAGCUCUCUAAGUGCCACUCAUUCACGGAGGGCACAGACACCGGGCGGCAGGAGGAUCGUCAAAACGCGCUCGCCGCUCGGCUUCGGCUACUCGAGUACUCAGCGGAGUGCCCAACGAUCCACAGCCUCAUCUCGAGCCACGCCAGGGACACCGCCAGGGACACCGGCCUCCCAUAUGACGUCAACCUACCCCCGGCCGCCCACGCUACCGCCGGCAGCAACAGCAGCGGUGCCGCAGUGAGCGCUGCCUCCCAGCAGGAGAUGGCAGCAGUAGAAGUGUCCCCCUCCUGCUCUCCGGGAACGAUGAGGCGCCGACCGGCCUCUCUCAACCGCACCUGUUCGGCCAGCCUUCGCUCCGUCGACAGGGCGCAGACGGCCAGGCAGGAGAGGCAAUGGAAGCCCGUCAGCCGCCCGACCCUCAGAGCCACGCAGUCUUUUUCACACAUCUCGCACGUUGCAUUGGCGGCUGCAAUUAUGCAACGAGCAGCAUCCGACGCCAGGAAGAGAGGAGGUAGGGAUGCCCAGCCGCCACAUCCGGAAACCGUUCCGCAUACACGAGCCAGCCUCAAGAACACGCCGGAGAGUCUAUGCCUUGGUUUAAGGACAAGGGACAUGCUGCGAGGGAAAUGUAAAGGGAAAUCGCAUGGUAUGAGGAAUUCCAGUUUUGAUGAAAGGGAUGAAGGAACUGGCCAAAUGAAACUUGUCCAGUGGAUGUGCAAGAUAUGCAAGAAUGAAGAAGAAUGUUGUGUAGAAUCUUGA